AUGUCACCUAACUCUGAUAUAUUAUUUUUCUUAUUCCAUCUCUCUUGUCAUCUCACACUCACUCACCCACUCAUAUCUUUCGAUCAUCUUCUGUUUCUCUUUUUCUCUUCUUGUAUUUCUUUUACUUUCAAUUUUCUUUUUUACUUGUCAUUAAAAUGCUUCUUUCUACUUCUCCUUGAUUUCAAUCUUUCUUUUUAUCCCUCUCUUUCUCUUUCUCUCGCUAAUUCCUCUUUUUUUAUGUGUUACUUUUUUCUCUUUCUCUAUUUGAUUGCUGCUUUUUCUUUUUUUUUUCUUUCUUUUUCUUCCGCUUUCUCCUCAUUCUUUCAAUCCAUCCUCUUACUUCUUUUUUUAUCUGCGUUCCUUUUCUCUUUUCAUUUUCCAUUCAUUGGUUUUCUCUUAAUUUUCAAUUUGCAGCUGCAUUUGUUUUCCCUCCCCUUCUCUCCUCCCUCUUUCUCUCUCUCUCUCUCUUCAAGUUUAUACUGUUGCACUUGUCUCUUAAACACUUCCUCCCCCUCUCUCUCUCAAGUUACGCUCUGUAAUGACCAUAAUAAACUGUUACUAUUUGUAUUGUAA